CAUCAGAGCGGCCGCUCGCAUUCGUUUACCGGCGUUUGGAUGUGGAGUGCUACCGUCGAGAAUGAUGUCCCUAGGUCUUCAGCUUUUGUGCGGGCUUUGUGCCCUGGGGAUGACGUUGGCAGAAACAGAAAUUGGACAAGGGGACGCUCUGAAUUAUCUGCAGAAGUUCGGCUACGUCAAAAUGACCCGUAACCGCACGGGGGCGUUGCUCUCCAGUCAGGCCCUGUCCGCUGCUAUCAAGGACUUCCAGCGAUUUGCGGGACUUCCCGCCACAGGUCAACUGGACAACGUGACAGCGACGACCAUGAGACUUCCCCGGUGUGGUGUCCGCGACCGCUCCGACGAAAUAGGUCCCGAAUCUCGACGUCGUCGUCGGAGAUACGCUCUGCAGGGAUCCAAGUGGGCCAAUCAUGAACUCACUUAUCGUAUCAGCAAAUAUCCGAGGAGGAUCAAGGACCGCGACGCUGUUGACAAGGAGAUCGCCAGAGCCUUCAAGACCUGGUCGGAUGUGACGCCCAUGACCUUCACUCACAAGAAGACUCCAGGACGUGUGAACAUUGACAUUCAAUUCGUCCGAGGGGAGCACGGUGACGGCGAUCCUUUCACUGGACCAGGAGAGACGCUCGCCCACGCUUUCUUCCCUCGCUACGGUGGAGAUGCACACUUUGACGACGAAGAGAAGUGGACCAUCGGGGAGUACUCAGGAGUGAACCUGUUUCAAGUGGCAGCUCACGAAUUCGGUCACUCACUUGGCCUCUCCCAUUCCGACGUGCGCCGCUCACUUAUGGCUCCAUUCUACCGAGGGUUCGAACCAGGGUUUCAACUUGACAGGGACGACAUCGAUGCUAUACAAGCCCUUUAUGGCCCUGCACAAAGAACAACCAAAGGUCCGACACGCGGCACCAGCCGUCGUCCCUCCCUACCUGGACCCGACCUGUGCCAAGACUCGAGCAUAGACGCCGCAACGCGUACCGAGGACGGCAGCUCGUACGUCUUCAAGGGAGAUUACUAUUGGAAGAUCGAGAACGACGGCGUAGCUGAAGGCUAUCCAAGGAUGAUAAGAGACGACUGGGAAGGUCUUCCUGGAGACAUCGACGCUGCACUCACGUGGUCCGACGGAAAGACGUUCUUCUUUAAGGGAUCUCAGUACUGGCGUUUCCGCAACCGCAAGAUGAUGCCCAACUACCCUCAGCCAAUCAAUGUGGGCUUCCAGGGUGUUCCGAACAACAUCGACGCCGUCCUCGUAUGGAGCGGAAACGGAAAGACGUAUUUCUUCAAGGGCCGCCAGUACUGGCGUUACGACAGCCGCAGCGAGAUCCCAGUCUCUGACCGCUAUCCUCAGCCUAUCAGCAACUGGAACGGAGUCCCAGACUACCUGGAUGCUGCCUUCCAGUGGCAGAAUGGGUACUCAUACUUCUUCAAAGGGAAGAACUACUAUCGCUUCAACGACAAGGAAUUCGGGGUGGACGAUGGCAACCCCGCUUACCCACGACCAACGGCGGUGUGGUGGUUCGACUGUAAGUCAAUGUCAAACUCCGACGAAGUAGCUGCUGCACAUCGCCACCCAGAGAGUGCUACAGCCCAUCUCCUGGACCGCACACCAGCGCCCCCGCGUCCAGCACCAUCCGUGCCCAUCUCUUCUGCCGGACUACUAGACGACAGCAUAGAAGCCGGAGAGUCGGUCGUGGUCUCUAAACGAGUGCCAGCGCCAACAGACUCCGACGUAGCACUCAAGAGUGCCGCGACAUCUUUGAACUGGGCAUUGCAUGUCAUCGUGCUGCCUCUCCUUCUACAAGUAGCAGCCACGAGACCGUGAAAAAUUAUGGCUCCAUGAGAAAUGGAGGUGAACUUUUGAUUGCUGUUCUAAGCAGGCCUUGGGACUGUGGUUUCGCACUCUGUGAUUCUGAAACCAUCCAACUACGAUGAUCAAACGUGUGCCUUUUGGAGAGCGAGACAGAGUAUGCUGCUGAGUGGACUGCCUGCUGGAGAACUCUACUGGGCGGCGCUUCGUCGCUGUGUCGUUGCGCGUUGAGUGAAUGUGGAUGCUACCACUAACCAGCCACGGUGUAAGGUUACGUACGGUUUAUGACCGCUUGGGUUAGCAUCCGUCUCUGUGAUAGAGCACUAGCACAGUUAGUGUAGUGCCGGCGCUACACUGCUUUUACGCCAUCUUCCUCGUUGGCGAUAUGUUUGCAGUCUACAUGGUAGCUCACCAUGGGUUUCCUUACUGGUAUCGAUACAAGUAGGCGAUAUUUAUUGACGCAGAGCGAACUGAAAGUGAAUUAAGGCUACUAUACAUAAGAGAGAAAGAGACACAGAGGACUUGACCUUCGAGGCACGUACAUGUACCCUUGCACCGUGGCUGUAGGAGCAAUAUUUUCAAGGACCUAUGAAAGUGAGGAAAGAUAAGAAGAGAUUGACUGUUGGUUCGCAGACUCGGCUGGCUGUCAUAUUUUUAUUCUACCACUCAUAUUUCACUCGAUCUUCUGAAGACUGAAUGGUAGCCCACGUGUGUUGUGAUUGCUAUGCACUUGUAAUUAUGAGAGUGAAACCUAUUAACUGUAGUUGGCUAGCCCCCCCAUUAGCCCAAAACGAUGUUGCCUUCAUGGGGGUGUGGCUCGUAAUUUCUUUCUUUAGGCGAUUUUCUUUCAUUAAGGAUUGAAUGCUUUCAUCACAUGGAUCAACAUGGGUCACACAGGUUUAUUGUUGAGAGACUGCUUGCUUUUCCCUUCGUUAUUUUGGAACAUAUUGAACCGCAAGAACAAGGUAAUAAUAUUCCAGGAAGCAUGACCAGUGAUCAUUGGCUACAAGACAGAAAGGACUCGCAUCAUCUCUGUGUGAAGCAAAUCCUUGACUCAUUACCGCCAAAGGGGCGUAUACUCAACUGCAUGUUGUUUCAUCAUCUCGUUUGUGUCUAGUCUUUUACAUUUAUGCUGCUGCUGUGUGACACUCUCAAAGAGAGUGCUGCCUACCGCCAAAAGAUUGUCACUUCCUAACGUUCAUGUGUGUGAUUGAAUUGUGAUUGAAAUGAUGAUAAACAAGUUUGUUUCCUUA